CCUGUAGUUAGAUCUGUGGUUCUUGUAUCACAGGUCCCGGUGAAGCCCCCGGCAACACUACAAGCAUCCUGGCUCUGUUAGAGACCUUGCAGUGCGCGCCUCACUUGGAAGUGCACAAAGACAUGAUUCGCUGGAUCCUUAAAGUAAAAUUACAUCUUGAUUAAGUUUGCAAUUUGCCUUACUCUCUCUAUGCGUGCACCUAAUAUGUCCAGCAGGUGGCAGCCUAGCAUGUUUUACAAUUCGCUCACUGAAGGUAGGUGCAACAUACAAAAGAUGAGCGUUUUUACCAUGAAGUUUAAAGCAGUGCUGCAUCAAGACCUGUUUGAAAUCCAAGCAGUGCAACACCACUCAAGGUGGCGUGGCCGGUAGGCAAAGCAGCACCUCUCACCACGGAGAAGCACAAAUGCUUCACUGUCCCAAAGCGGUUUUGCUGCUGAUCAUCUGUAGGUGGCCCUAGGGGUGUUUUGAUGUGGCUUAUUGUGCGUAUUAUUAAAAGCUGUAUGUCAACAUGAAUAUUUAAAUGACAUGUAAGGAAUGCUUACUACACAAACUGAAUUUCCAUGCACUGUGAUGUAUGCAUUUUAUUUUCCAUAUAAUGAAAACUGUCAGGACACCUGCACCAGGCAGAACAUGUACAUAUGAAGGCCAUGGUGUAGGCCAAGGCUAAUGAUGUAUUGCAGUAUGUACUUUGAAGAGAAACAGGCAAAUUAAAUGUUAGUAAAAUUGUAAUGCAUCUUCAGUAUUUAAUGGUAUGGUGUGUGUGUAUACUUUUUAGUACACAAAUGUGUUCUAUUGAACAUCUGCUUAGUUUUGCAGACUUUGAUUGUGUGUGCAUGUAGUUCUAACUGCACUGCUGUAUCGUUUUCUUGUAGAAGUAUUUUCCUAAAUUAUGUGUCUUUUUCUACACAGAUGGUGGUUAGCAUUAAAACGAUGCGCGAGUGCACAGCUGCUGCACCUCCCUGUGAAGGAACAGGGCACUGUCACAAGGAGACUGUGUGGGACAAAGACAAAGCAGAGAGAAAAAGGAAAGCUGAACUGUGCUGGAAAAAGACCAUGGCUCAAACAUUACAGAGCCAGAGUCAUUUUAUCAAUAAGUACAUAGAUCUGCUCACGCAGGAUUCAGAGGAUCUGGACGCCUCAGCCUCUACAUCAGCAGAGCAUGGCCCCAGUUCAUGUGAUGGUGCUCUGGUGUGUGGGACCUCGUCGUUGGCGUGCCAGAGGAGGAGAGAGGAGGCAGAUGGAGAUGUGUAUCCUGUGUCACGAAGCGCAGGAGAUCCUACCUGAUGGCACCGCCAUGGUGCUCGCUGCCUUUGUCCAACGCUCUACGGUCAUGUCCAAGAACCGCAAAAGACCCCCUCACAAUCCAGAGAGCUAUGAUCCCCUCUUCAUGCACCCUGACCUGUCCUUUGGUACCCAUACCGGCAGCUGUGGCCACAUCAUGCACUCUCACUGCUGGCAGAGGUCUUUGAAUAUCAAUGAUGCAAACAGGGAGGAGAAAUAUAACAGCGUGUAUGAAGCAGUGCUGCACGGAGCAGAUGACGGAAUGUCUGGACUGGAUUAUGGCUGAAUGUAAGAAUUUGUAUUCAAAAUUUCUGCAGAGUACGGCGAUCUCCUUCAUACAGAAGUCAGAUGGUUGAGUAGGAGUAAGGUAUUUCACUGUUUUAUUUCCUUGGUGAGUGAAAUUAAGGCUUUAAUGGAACCAGGGGGGGGAGGACACUAACCUGUUGUCUGAUGGCUGCUUGAUCUUGCAUUCUUGGCUGAUGUGACAGAGAAACUGAAUCAGCUCAAUCUUCAGUUACAAGGUAAAGACAAAACCAUAUGUGAUAUGAUCAGUGCUGUGAAGGUAUUUAAAGCAAAACUGUCAUUUUACCUUCAGCAAUUGAAAAACAAAAGAUUGCAACACUUCCCCUCAUUGGUAAAGAUAGAAAGAAAGCCAUGCAAAUGCAACCAAAGUUUUGGAUGUACUCAAGUAUUGUGACCUCCUGUCCAGGCUUGGGCAGGAAUCUGAGGAAAGGUUCAGUGAUUUUGAAAAUCUUGAGAUAUGUGUGGCAUUUGUUGCCAAGUCUUUCAUGGAGAUAGACAUGGAUCACAUUUCAAAGCAGAUGGCUGAACUGUUCAAUGUCAAUGCUGUAGAGAUGGACUUGGAGGUUAUUAAUCUCCAAAAUCAUAUCCAGCUGAAAUCUCAGCAACAUUCACAACAUUUCUGGAGACUUGUAGACCCAGGAAACUACAAGAACAUUCACCAAGCUGCCCUCAAAGCAUCUGCUUUAUUUGGAUCUACAGACCUUUGUGAAGCAGCGUGUUCUGAUAUGAACGUGAUAGAAUCUAAAUUCAGAACAAGACUGACAGAUGAACAUUUAAAUAAUUGCAUAAGAGUGAACCUAAGUGCAUACACACCAGCAUAUACCUCCCUUGUGGAAUCAAUGCAGUGUCAGUCAGCUCAUUAACUGUAAAUAAGUGUGAAUGCACUUCAUGUCAUAUUGGAUAUUCUGUGUUUACAAACAGCAAAGAAGCACUAAGAAUUCAAGUGGGAAGCAGAAAGAGUUGUGGGAGGCCUAAGGCACAUUAGGUUGACCCAUUUAUUUUCA